AUGGCGGGCUCGCUGUUCAAGCGUGUCGUUGCACGCGUAAAAGGAGAGAAUCAAGAUGUGACAUCGACUCCGGAUGGGUUUGCUGAGUCGACAACUUUGGAUGAGGGGACCGCAACUGGACUUACUGGCACUGGNAAAAUCGAACCAACAUCGAAGACCUUCGGACUUGAAGUCGACGAUGAAGAGGUCAAGUCUGGAAAGGCUUCUGACAUCGAGAGUGACGAAUUCGCCGAUGACGAUGAAGCUGUUCGAGACAUCCCUAUGGCUGUGCGACGUAUCGUGUCCUUGACAGAUAACCCGGAGGAGCCUACCCUUACCUUCAGAUACUUCGUUCUGGCCAUCUUGUUCAUUGUCCCUGGUGCUUUCCUCUCACAGAUGUCAUACUUCAGAACGACAUCGGCAGCAUAUUCAGUGUUCUUCGUUCAAAUUGCAUCAAACUACGUGGGAAUGUGGCUUGCAAACAUCCUACCGAAUAAGAAGAUCUUGGGCAUCAACCUAAAUCCUGGACCAUGGAGUACGAAAGAGCACGUACUUGUGACUAUUUCUGCUGCUUCUGGAGCAACUUACAAUCUAGCCUAUGCGCCCGUCUCGAUCGCCGAGCUCUACUUCGGCGAGCCAAUGAACCCGGCUGUCGCGAUAUUCUUCAUGUGGAGUGUUGUUGUGACUGGCUAUUCGUUCGCCGCUAUCUCGCGACAGUUUCUGCUCUACGAUCCUCAAUACCCGUGGUUCCAAGCUCUGUGUCAAACAGCUCUUUUCGAGUCGCAGAANAAGGAGAGGGAGAACCCGACGCCAGUCUCGAAAAAACAGAUGAGAGUCUUCUUUGCUGUCUUCCUUGGAAUCGCAUUGUGGCAGUUCUUGCCUGAGUACGUCUUCCCAAUGACCGGAAGUCUUGCUUUCCUCUGCUGGGUCGCCCCUAGAAACCCUGUGGCUAACUUCAUCGGUUCUGGCUUUGGAGGCAUGGGUUUCCUCAACCUUAGUCUGGAUUGGUCUAACCUCAGUACAAACGGCAACCUUUUCCUACUGCCGUGGUGGACCCAAGUCAUCAUGUUCUUGGCCUUUGCGUUCAACUGCUGGGUUCUGCUUCCUGCUGCGAAGUGGGGCAAUCUCUCCGAGUUUAAGCCUGGUCUCAUGUCUACAAGUGUUCUCCAAGGAAAUGGUACGAAGUAUCCUCUGACUAAGCUUGUCACACCCCAAGGAACUUUCAACGAGACCGCCUAUGAGGAAUAUGGGCCCCUGUAUCUUGGUGCCCAGAUGCUGUGGGGCAUCUUCUUCUCAUACGCAGCGUUCUUAUCGGCUUGGGUCUGGGCUGCUCUNUUUGGAUGGUCCUCAUUCAAACAGGCAAUCGCGAAGUUCAAGAACAGAAACAGCGAAGGCAAAGGCAAAGGAAUCAACCAUCAGUACAAUGACCAGCUCAAUGUUCUCAUGCGCUCGUACAAGGAAGUGCCGCUCUGGUGGUUCGUAGCUCUUUUCGCCUGCUCAUUCGUCUCGAUCGUCACCAUGGCUGCAGCCGGCAAAAUCUAUAUUCCUGUCUGGACCUAUUUCGUGGCUUUGGCCACCGGAGCUCUUAUUGUCACACCUCUUGGCUGGCUGUAUGCCGUGUCAAAUUACCAACUUCCUGUAGGCACAUUCAAUGAGUUACUCUAUGGAGUAAUGGUCAACGCCAUCAGUGGCCACAAGAACCCUACUGGCGCCACUAUCUACAGUUCUAUAGCAGGAGAUGCUUGGUAUCGAGCGCAAUACAUGCUGCAGGACGCGAAGAUAGGUCACUACAACCAUAUUCCACCGCGAGCGACCUUCUUCUCGCAGGUGUUUGGCUGUACAAUUGGUGUACCUAUCAACUACGGCGUUGUGAAAUGGGUUCUGUCCUCGAAACGAGAUAUCUUGCUUGGAAUCGAGAAAGAUCCCACACACCAAUGGACAGCACAACACCUCUCUUCCUCGCUUUCAACCUCUGUGGAAUACGUUCUCAUCGGCCCUACAAAGAUGUUCCAGCAAUCCUCCUUCAAACCCCUUCCAUACGGAUUCGUCGCCGGCGCCAUCGCCCCCAUUCUCAUGUUUGCCCUCCACAAGUUGUUCCCUAACUCCAAACUCAAAUUCCGCCUCUGGAACACUACGAUCUUCUUCUCUUGUGUGUCUAACUUCUACGGCAAUGUUUCUACUGGCUACACCUCUGCCUUCAUCGGAGGCUUCAUAGUCAUGUUCUGGGCAUUCAGGUACAGAAACAAGUUGUGGGCGAGAUACAACUACCUCAUGGGCGCAGCGUUCGACGCUGGCUACAACUUGAAUUUGCUGUUGGUAUUCCUGUUCUUUGGAUCUGGCAAGAUUAUCAGUAUGCCGUAUUGGUGGGGUAAUAAUGAACAGAGCAGUGAAAGAUGCUUUGCUCUAGAUUGA